ACAUUCAACUGCAAUUAUGUACAAGACCCUCGUUGUUCUUGCUGCGCUUGCCGCUGUGGCGCUUGCCGCCCACCCGACCCACCUCUCGGAGUCGCUCUACCAGUCUCAGUUCGAGUCUUUCAAGGCCACCCACGAGAAGACCUACUCGGCCGCCGAGGAGCCCUUCCGCUACAUCAUCUUCAAGACCAACGUCGACAAGAUCAACCGCCACAACGCCGAGCAUGCCGCCGGCAAGCACACCUGGACCAUGGCCGUGAACCAGUUCUCGGACCUCACCCAGCACGAGUUCGAGGCCAUGUACCUCUCGUCGUACAAGCCCAACCCGACCUCGGCUGGCCGCGUGCACACCUUCAACGGUGACGUCCUCGACCUCCCGACCUCGGUCAACUGGGUUACCAAGGGCGGUGUCACCCCGGUCAAGAACCAGGGCCAGUGCGGUUCGUGCUGGGCUUUCUCGACCUGCGCCUCGAUUGAGGGCCUCAUGGCCAUCUCCGGCCACGGCCUCACCUCGCUCGCCCCCCAGGAGCUCGUCGACUGCGACUCGCGUGACGACGGCUGCAACGGUGGCCUCAUGGAUAACGCUUUCCAGUGGGUGAUCCAGAACGGUGGCCUCUGCUCGUGGGACGACUACCGCUACACCGCCCAGGACGGCACGUGCAAGAAGUCCGACUGCAAGUCGGUCGCUUCGAUCUCGGGCUACAAGAACGUCGACUCGUCGACCAACUCGCUCAUGUCCGCCAUUGCCCAGCAGCCGGUCUCCGUUGCUGUUGAUGCCUCGUCGUGGAUGUCGUACUCGAACGGUAUCUUCCCGGCCUCGUCGUGCGGCACCCAGCUCGACCACGGUGUUCUCGCUGCCGGCUACGGCUCGUCCAACGGCCAGGACUACUACCUCGUCAAGAACUCGUGGGGCACUGGCUGGGGCCAGGCUGGCUACAUCCAGCUUGCCCGCGGCCCGAACACCUGCGGCAUCCUCAACGCCGCCUCGUACCCGACCAACUAAGCGUUCGUCGAGCCUUCGAGCCCUCUCUGCUGUAGAUUAACCUAUCUAUCCAGACCCCCUUCCUCCCCGCGUGUGAGCCUGCCAUGUCGCCCAUAACAGUCUCCUUUUGAAGCGC